AAUUCGCUAAGUAACGGAAAUACCGGCUCUCUCUCCUCCUCUGUGAAAAUUUUUUCUCCUCCUAAGCCAAACAAAAAAAGCCCUUGUUUUUCCCAAAUUACAGAGGUGCUGCCAUGAAGUUAUGAUCACAAACCAUCAACAUCACCACCACCACCACCACCACCUUCAUCAUCAAGCACCCAUCAUCUUCAUCGCCAUUACCAAUCUUCUAAUGGGGGUGAUGGGUUUGUAGAUACUUUCGUACUCAGGGCAGCAGCAUAAAAAAGAAGGAAUUGGUUUGUAGAUUAUAGAAUCAAUCUCUUCUUUUACAAUGGGGAUUUCAUCGGAUAACGUUCAUGGCCUUGUAUUGGCGUUAUCGUCGAGUGUUUUUAUCGGUUCCAGCUUUAUAGUGAAGAAAAAAGGAUUAAAAAAAGCUGGGGUUAAUGGAGUUAGAGCAGGUGCUGGGGGACAUUCGUAUUUAUUAGAACCUAUGUGGUGGAUUGGAAUGGUGACCAUGAUUGUUGGUGAAAUAGCUAAUUUUGCCGCGUAUGCAUUUGCUCCAGCAAUUCUCGUGACUCCCUUGGGAGCUCUUAGUAUUAUCGUCAGUGCAGUACUAGCUCAUUUUAUCUUGGAGGAGAAACUCCACAUUUUUGGUGUGCUUGGAUGUGUUCUUUGUGUGGUGGGGUCAACCAGCAUUGUUCUCCAUGCUCCACAAGAAAAGGCGAUGCAGUCAGUGAAGGAAGUGUGGCACCUCGCUACUGAGCCAGGUUUUCUUGUUUACGCUUGCAUUGUAGUGAUCGUGGUUUGUGUCCUCAUUUUCCUUUUUGUACCAAAAUAUGGUGAAAAGAAUAUUAUGGUGUACAUUGGAAUUUGCUCACUAAUGGGUUCAAUUACGGUUAUGAGCGUUAAAGCACUGGGAAUUGCUUUGAAGCUAACAUUUUCAGGAUCGAAUCAGUUUGUAUACUUCCAAACAUGGUUUUUCACUGUGGUGGUUGUUGUGUCCUGCCUCUUGCAGUUGAAUUAUUUGAACAAGGCAUUAGAUACAUUCAACACUGCUGUCAUAUCUCCAGUCUAUUAUGUUAUGUUCACUACGUUCACCAUCAUUGCCAGCAUUAUAAUGUUCAAGGAUUGGGAUACACAAAAUGCAUCACAGAUUGUAACUGAAUUGUGUGGAUUCGUAACAAUUUUAUCGGGAACUUUUCUUCUCCACAAAACAAAAGAUAUGGGUGACAAAGCCACUGAACAUACAAUCUUCACAAACGAGAUGGCAUCCAUAGAACCAGCUGUCUUCACAAGACAAGGCUCGACUACUGAACCAGUUAUCUUCAAAAGCCAAGGAUCAUCCACAGAACCACCUAUCUUCACAAAUCAACGGUCAUCCCCUGAACCAACUAUGUACACACAUUCAGCAAAUAACUCCGUAUAACCAGUGGGUGGAUAUCAUACUCUCAAUUUCAAUCUUUUGAACUAUGUCUCCAGCUUCGAACAGUCCAGUGUCACCAAAGUCACAAUCAUUAGGAAAUGUAGGGCACUAUUCAAAGAAGGUGGAAGCUACUUGGACUCCAAAUCUCCACAGUUAACCCGGCUGAUUCAAGGUUUUGAAAGUAUGAAGAAUCUGUACUUACAAUGUCUGAAAUUUUACGAAGAACAGGGCAAAAGAAAAAGAAAAGAAAAGAAUGCAUACCUUUUUUGAUGCUAAUUGAAUAUACUUGGGUUGUGUUCUGCUUUUUUAUAACUCAAAAAUACUCCCCAUACUUAAAUGUUAGGUUUUGUCUGAGAGGAAUAUAUUUUUUUUUAGCCUGUGAAUAUGACUUGCAUUUUCUCUUGA